UAUCCUGAAUAUGUCAGAGGUCACGUGGUAUUGUGUUUGUACCGGACAUUUAUGGUGUCGUUCCCAUCAAUUUGGUCGCAAAAUGAAUACAGAUUAUGCUGAACAAAUUUCAUCGUAGAAAGUCUGUGCAGCGCGUUCCUGAGCUUCACCACCCGGUCCCGCUGCAGCGAGGAUCAUGUACAGCCUGGCCCACAGACCAUGGCACGUCUUCUGCAGAAUCUCCCUGCAGCACCGAUCCUCCCUGUCCCACCGGUCACCGAGGUUCCCGCAGCUGUGUUACGGUUGGCAGAGUGCUACUACUAGCAUACACAGCUGGAGGCUUACCCCUCCAGACUGCCGCGUGUCGUCGGCGGGACUGGGCAGGAUCCAGCACUACUCUACCUCUGGUGACGGUAAAGAUCCUCCAAAAGCACAAUCAGCUGAAGCUCCUUCGGCAGACAAACCUCCAUCUGGGGAUUUGAAGGCUACACCAAGCUCAUCAUCAGAUGCAGCGGCUGAAGGCCUGACUAAAACCGAGUCCAUUCAAGUGAAAGUUCGAGCUGUCUUGAAGAAACGGGAAUAUGGACCCAAAUACACCCAGAACAACUUCAUCACAGCUGUCAGAGCCAUGAACGAGUUCUGCCUCAAACCCAGCGACUUGGUGCAGCUCCGGAAGAUCCGGAGGCGCAGCCCCCAUGACGACACGGAGGCUUUCACCGUGUUCCUGCGCUCAGAUGUGGAGGCCAAAGCACUAGACGUUUGGGGAAGCCACGAAGCUCUGGCUCGAGAGAGGAACCUCAGGAAGGAGGUGGAGCGAGAGUACCAAGAAAAUAUUUUUCGAAACCAGCAGCUACUAAAGGAAUACAAAGACUUUUGGGGAAACACUAAGCCACGAUCAGGAAAGAGGACGACUUUUCUGCAAGGGCCAGGCAAGGUGGUGAUGGUCGCCAUCUGCAUCAACGGGCUGAACUUCUUCUUCAAGCUGCUGGCUUGGGUCUACACCGGCUCUGCAAGCAUGUUUUCUGAGGCCAUCCACUCUCUAGCCGACACCUGCAACCAGGCGCUGCUCGCCGUGGGAAUAAGUCAGUCUGUGCGCAACCCGGACGCCGUGCACCCGUAUGGCUUUUCCAACAUGCGCUACAUCGCCUCCCUCAUCAGCGGGGUGGGCAUUUUUAUGAUGGGGGCAGGCCUCUCCUGGUACCACGGCAUCAUGGGAUUACUGCACCCAGAGCCCAUGGAGUCCCUGUUGUGGGCUUAUUGUAUUUUGGCGGGCUCGCUGGUGUCUGAAGGAGCCACAUUGCUAGUAGCUAGUAAUGAGAUCAAGAAGAGCGCCCGCCAGCAGGGGCUAUCUUUCUAUGAAUACGUGAUGCAGAGUCGAGACCCCAGUACAAACGUGGUGCUGCUGGAGGACGCCGCUGCUGUGUUGGGGGUCAUCAUGGCUGCAGGCUGCAUGGGACUCACCUCCCUCACAGGAAACCCCUUAUACGACAGUCUGGGCUCUCUGGGCGUGGGCACUCUGCUGGGCGCCGUCUCCGCCUUCCUCAUCUACACCAACACGGAGGCCCUGCUGGCACCCUCCAUCCAGGCGGAGCAUGUGCAGAAGCUCACAGAGUUUCUGGAGAACGACCCUGCUGUCAGGGCCAUCCAUGAUGUGAAGGCCACAGACAUGGGGCUGAGUAAGGUGCGCUUCAAGGCGGAAGUGGACUUUGAUGGCCGGGUGGUGACUCGCUCUUACCUGGAAAAACAAGACAUUGACCAAAUUCUUAACGACAUUCAGCAGGUCAAAACACCUGAGGAGCUGGAGAACUUCAUGCUGAAACACGGGGAGAACAUCAUCGACACGCUGGGCGCCGAGGUGGAUCGCUUGGAGAAAGAGCUGAAGCAACGGAACCCAGAGGUCCGUCACGUGGACUUGGAGAUACUAUAACCCCUUUGAACCGGGGGAAACGUCUCGCCGCACUAAGAGGAACAUUCAAAGUUGAAGGCAUCGCUCCUGAGUCCUCCUCUCCACCCACAAACCCCAUCCAGUCUUUGUGUGUAGUAAUCCAGAGGUGGGCUGUAUUUGAACUGAUGUAGACGUCGUGAGCUCGCGCUGCCAGAGGUCUCCUUUCACCUCCCACUCGCAGGACGGCGGCGCCCUUCGCCCGAGCUCGCAUUCCCUGUGAUCCUGUGGUUGGGAUGAUUGGGAUGAGGUCACAUCUGAAAAUCCUGACCCAGAACAGGACCAGCAUCAGUUACAGGACUUGAAUGUCGUGUUUCCUUGUUUAGUGCAGAGGGAACCCUAUUUAAACCAAACCUAUUUAAUAACUAGAAGAUAUGAAAGAUAGUCUUUUCCUUGAAUAUAAAACACUUCCUGAUGUGAUGGCAGGAACAUUCAUGUUCUCAGAGAAAGACUGAGUAGUUUUGGGUUGUUUUUGCUUUUACAGAAAAAAGAGUUGAGUUUUCAUUAUUUUUGUUUGAAGGGCUGAAGAGGAAACUGAAGCACUUAUGAGGCACUGGUUUAGGUGAAAAAGGUCAACACCUUUUUGAAAGGAACCUCAGACUCUUUUCAUUUAUAAUGUAUUAGAUAUUACAAUAUUUUUCAUUAGUUACGCUACGAAACAACAGUUUGCAUCCCUUCCAUCCUUUCAGGAAAUCCUCUGGGUUUUUUCCUGUGAAUUGUGGUCUUAAGAUAAACAAAAACCAUCAUUUCAACUGUUGUACUGAGUCUGGAUGUUAGUGUGCAUUGUUCGUGUGGUGAUUUCUCCCCAUCUGUACUGAAUAUUCUGUAUGAAACAAACAACGACUGAGUUUUUUUUAUUUUUAAUGUUUGCUGCCACAACACAACACUGGAAGAUGCUUUGGGGAGGGGGAGUGGGGGUGCUCUGCUGGCACAUGUACGCUUGAAGGUGUUAAAGGUGUGAAGGACAUUUGAAGUAAAUGGUUUCCUUAUGA